AUGGUUAAAAUUAUCGCUGGUGGAGAUGCCUUGUACUCUUCAACCAACUUGAAAGAACGAAUUGAUCCAAAAAUUGUCAAACUUCUUACUGAAAGUGAUGUUGCAUUCUUGAACGCGGAAUUCACUACACCCAAGCCAACUACUCCUUCAGCAGCAGGUCGAGGAUAUUUGACGAGUAUCAAGCCUCGUUCGCUUGAUGACUUGCUAUCGCUUAAUUUCAAGCUCAUAUCAUUUGCUAACAACCAUACGGUAGAAUUUGGGCAUGAAGGUUUGGUUGAUACUAUCGAAGAAAGUGAAAAAAGAGGAAUUCAUCCUGUAGGAGUUGGAAGAUCUCUUGAAGAUGCUAAGAAGCCCCAAUUUUUUGAUUCUUCAACUGGUAGAGUUGGUAUUGUUGGUGCAUCUUCCACUCAUUCUCAUAUUGCACUUGCUGCAAGUAAUGGUGCACAUACUCCUGCGAGAGCCGGUCUAGUACCACUAAGAUGGACAUUAUCUUAUGUAUUGCCAGAAGAACAAUAUAAGCAGUUUGAACAAAUUGACAUCUUAUUAGGAACAAGAAAGUCAAUGUUGGAAUCGGCCCGUGUUGAGGUUCGUACUGGUGAAGUUACUGGUGAUGACUUUUUCAGAUUUGGUCAUUUAUUUGACAGUAACUUGGUUGUAACCAAAGCUAAAGAAGGUGAAUCCGCUCAUGUGAGGACUACUGCUAACGAAAUUGACUUGCAAAGGCUUUUACGAAGUGUAAAAGAUUCUGCUGAAAGGUCUAAUUUACCAAUUUUUUCACUUCAUACUCAUGAAGGUGACAACAACAAUUGGUAUAACCCAAUCCCACCAAAAUUCAUACAGAAAUUUGCUCGGAAAACUAUUGAUUCCGGGGCAAAAGCUUUCAUUGGACAUGGUGCUCAUAUGCUUCGUGGAGUUGAAAUCUAUAAAGGAAAACCUAUUUUUUAUAAUGUCGGUAGUUUCUUAAUGGAAUUCGAGCCGGGUGAAUCAUUUAUUGGUCCAGAAAUGUACGAGAAAUAUGGUUUGGAUCCAAGUACGUCGUUACCAUCUGAUCUCCAUAAUCUUAGAUCUUAUGGACCAAAAGGUGAAGCUAUCGGAUUUAGGAGUGGUCGAAAGUUUUCAAUCAACAUCCUUGUUGAGCUUGAAAUUGACGAAGAUGAUGAGGAUUCUUUUCGAUUCAAAAUCAUUCCAAUCGAUUUGGGUCUUGAUACUAGGCAAAAUAAAUUGAAAAGAGGUUUACCAGAGUGGGCCACAAAUGACGUUGCAAAAUACGUUACCAAUUACUUAGAGGAAAAUUCAGCUCCAUGGGGUACUAAGUUCAAUUAUAAUGAAGCAACGGGUUAUAUCAAUGUACUUACUGAUUAA